AUGAUGGAAGUCGACGGGCGGGAGCCCCAGUGGGGCCCCGACGACAGCUGCCGCUGCAGCAGCGAUUGUUCUGCAGCACCUGCGGCCUGCAGCAGCAGCGCGAGGAGCCAGAGCAGCAGCGACAGCAGCAGCAGCAGCAAGAGCAGCAGCUGCAACAGCAGCUGCAGCAGCGUGUUGGAAGAGACCACUGGUCCGGACUGCACGAUGCUGCAACGCCUCAGCGACGAUCUGCUGCUGUCUGUGCUGCUGCUGCUGCCCCCCCUCGAGCUGGCAGCUUCUAUUCCCCUGGUGUGUCGGCGGAUGCGCCGUGUGUCUGCAUGCAUGUACUUGUGGCAGCAGGUGCUGCGGCCUGCUGCAGCACGAGCCGGCAGCAGCAGCAGCAGCAGCAAGGCCGCAUCCAGGCACGCCUUCAUUGCACAGUGCAGGGAGGAAGUGCAGCGGAAGAAGCUGCGGUCGCAGCUGCUGCAGCAGCAGCAGGAGCAGCUGCUACUGCUGCAGCAGCAGCAAGAACAGCAGCAGCAGUGGUUCGGCACGCCCAAGAAGCGCCGACUCGACAGCAGCAGCAGCAGCAGCAGCGAGAUCGACGAGGCGCUAGUGCAGUUCGCGGAAAUGCAGGCUGCGAUGCAGCUGCAGGAGCAGCAGCAAGUGCGUUUGCAGCUGCAGCAGCAGCAGCAGCGCCUGCAGGAGCAGCAGAGGCUCUUCCACAAGGAGCGCAGCCACGGCCAGCAGGCGGCUGAGCAGCAACAGCAGCAGCAGCAGCAGCACGCAGCUGCAGCAGCAGGCCGUGAGUCGCCGCCGCCGCCGCAGCCCGCCGCACCAGCAGCAGCAGCCCCAAGCCCAGGCACAGCACCAGCAGCAGCAGCCCCAAGCCCAGGCACAGCAGCAGCAGCAGGCCCGCCAGCAGCAGCAGCAGCAGCAGCAGCAGCAGCAGGCCACGUGUGCGCAGGCAGCCGCUGCAGCAUCUCCGCAGUGGGGGCGGACCUCUACCGCUGCGCAGAAAGCGGGCUGCUGCACUUGUGCGGCUGGGGCUGCACAAGAAUGGAAGCAGCAGGAGAGUUGGGGUUUGUAGUUUGUCCAGUUUCUGGGAUUAUGAUGGACUUGGCUGGCUGCCACGCUGCUGCUGCUGCUGCUGCUGCAGCAGAACAGGACCUGCUGCGCAGGGGCGCGCUCUUGGGCGACAGCAGCAGCAGCGCCGAGGCCGCAGCAGCUGCUGCUGCGGCCGCCCAGAGGCGCCGCAGGGGCGCUGCGCUGCUCCGCGAACUCGCCGGCCUGCUGCAGCAGCAGCAAGCAGCAGCAGCAGCAGCAGCAGACGAAGACGAAGAAGCUGAUGCUACAGAUCUUUUUGGCGAGUCCGCCAUGGCAACUCUGUGGUGCUGCGAGGGAGACAAGGGGAGGCAGGCAGACCGGUAA